AUGAGCCAGCAAGACUCACAUCACAGUUUCCGGCCAAAGUUUUCCUAUACGCAGGGUCCCCUGGAGCCGGCACUUCGGAACUGGACAUUUGGGGAUCUACUCCAGCGUCAAGCCGAGCAAUUUCCAGGUAACAUUGCGAUUUCCUGCCCAGGCACGUCGAACCCUAUCACCUAUCGCCAAUUGAACGACCGUACCAAGCUUCUUGGAAAAGCUCUGAUAGCAAAUGAGAUCUCCGUUGGAGACCGCGUUGGCAUCUUUGCAGGAAAUGUUUCUGAAUAUGUGGAGGUUGUGCUGGCAACUGCGCGCAUUGGAGCAAUCAUCGUCCUGUUGAACACCUUUUACACAACGGAGGAAAUCAAAAGAGCCCUUCGAUUUACUGGGUGUUCAUUGUUAUUCAUCACGGAGAGCCUUGGAAAACGCAGUCUGUUGCCAUGCAUCGAUCAACUCGACAAGAUAAUCGAAAGCCAGAAAAGCGAGUUCCCAGGUUUCCGAAAGCAUCGUUCUUCUCUCUGGGCACUGGAUUUUGUCAAAGUCCCACUCCACGGUGCGAAGGUCGCUUCUGCUUACGAGGCAGCAGAAAGACAAGUUACUCCAGAGACGAUCUGUAACUUCCAAUUCACCAGUGGCACUACCGGGAUGCCCAAGGCGGUGAUGCUCACUCACUUUAACGUCGUUAAUAAUGGUUUUCUAAUAGGUGACCGAAUCGGUCUCACUUCAAAUGAUACCAUAUGUUGUCCGUGGCCUUUGUUCCACUCGUCUGGAUUUGUUGUUGGCCUGAUAGCAUCACUGUGUCACGGUGCAACUCUCGUUCUGCCAUCACCAAUAUUCGAUCCCGCUGCCACGGCACGAGCACUGAUCUCCGAAAGGUGUACUGGGCUUCAAGGCGUCCCAACCAUGUUCGCUGCUGUUCUCGAGUGGUGCCGUCAACGUGGUACUCGCCCGCCACCUCUUCGAACAGGAAUUAUCGGUGGAUCACCAGUUUCCCCGGCUCUUCUAAGAGAGCUGCAGCAUGAAUUUGGUCCGGAAGACCUGGGUAUUGCAUACGGUAUGACUGAAACCUCGCCACUCAGCUUCCUUUCAAAGGGCUUUGAACCAGAUGGGACCCACGCAUGGAUGAAAAUCUUACCACACACGACUGCAAAGAUAGUGGAUGCGCAAGGAAUUAUUGUCCACAUUGGAAGUCCUGGAGAACUGUGCGUCUCAGGAUAUCUCUUGCAGCGAGGAUAUUACCAGAACCCUGGGAAGACGCGUGAGGUCAUGCGCGUGCAUGAAGAUGGAGUUCUCUGGAUGCAUUCAGGCGACGAAGCAAUCAUGGAUGAGCACGGACGUUGUCGGAUCAGCGGCAGGAUCAAGGAUACCAUCAUUCGCGGCGGAGAGAACAUAUAUCCAGCAGAGAUCGAGGAUCGUCUGAAUGAGCACCCGGCAAUCUCGAUGUCGGCCGUAGUGGGAAUCCAAGAUUCAAAGUACGGAGAGGCAGUGGCUGCAUUCUUGCAACUCAAACAUGGCGAGAACCCAUGUACAAAGGGACAUAUCUCGGAAUGGGUUCAGCAAACCCUGGGGAAACAUAAGGUACCAACACUCGUAUUUCACCUCGGUGUUGAUGGCGUUCCUGGCGAUUUCCCUAAGACAGCAAGUGGGAAGAUCAAGAAGGUUGACCUGGUGGCCAUUGGAACUCAGCUUGUCCGUGGCACGGGUAAACUAUAG